AUGGGUAAGAGAAAAAAUAACAAGAAAAUCAUUAUUCGUCCUUGGUGUUGGUAUUGUGAACGAGAUUUUGAAGAUGAAAAAGUGUUGAUUCAACAUCAAAAGGCGAAACAUUUUAAGUGUCCACAGUGUAAUAAAAAACUUAAUACUGCGGGUGGUAUGGUUGUGCAUGUUGCUCAAGUACAUAAAGAAACAAUUGAUAAAGUUCCAAAUGCAAACAAAGGAAGAGAUUCUACUGAUGUUGAAAUUUUCGGUAUGGAAGGGAUUCCACAACAAGAUUUAAUAGCUCAUCAACAAGCAAUUGAAAGUGGCCAACCAAUCAAAAAGAAUAAAAUGGAAGAGCCAGUUGAAUUUUCCAGUCAAGAAAUUAAAAAACGUCUUGCUCAACAUCAAGUUAUGAUGCAAAAUGCUCCUUCAAUUACUACUGCAGCAGCUGCUACUAUUAAUGCUACUAUUAAUGCCGCUGCACAGCAACAACCUUUCUCCUUUUCUUCACCUGCUUAUCCAACUUCGCAAUCUCAAGCCAUUGCAUCAUCAUUAAUGCCUCAUCAAUAUAGUCACUUCUAUCAAAGACCUAAUACAUAUCAUCCAUAUCGUCCAAAGUAA